AUGUUCCUGCUUAAACGAAAGAAGAAAGAGGGCCAUGGACCUAAAAAGAAACCAUCUCUAUUUGGAACUAAUGUGAGUUCAGAUUCUGAUGAUAAUGAAGAUCGUUUCUUGAAGAGCAUCAAGUCUAAAGAAGCACAAGUAAUGUCUCAGGAUACAGCGGUGCUACAAGAUAACUACGAAGACAGUCGAACUACAAACGAAACCAAUCAGUCAUCAUCAUCUGGAUCACCCUUAGGACCUUCAUCUGGAGCAGUGCCAUCAUCAUCCAAAUACAUUGGUGGACUACUUGAUGCUGCGAGCGAAAGAAAAAAGACAUUUGAAAGGGCCCGUAAGCAAGCACAAGAUAGAAGAGUUGAUUCAUUUGGAGGAAUGGUGUUCAAGUCUUCCGAGUACAAGAAGAUACGACAUUCAAAAAAUAUUGAUGAAAAUAUCGAUGGUGAUGAUGAUGAUGAUGAUGAUGAUGAUGAAGAUAAUGAAGGUCUGUUCUAUAAUCGAAUACUAAGCGCAAAAAUGGGUGAAUCAAUAGCAGAACCAAUUAGACCACAUAAAACUGUCAAGAAAGAGUCUAAAGCUCAGAUUUCAGUUAAAAGUGAUACUAGCACAACUAAUACUAUUACCAAUACAUCUACACCGACUCCUCUGUUCAGUAAUAUAAAAGAUUUGAAGACUUUGAUAGAAUCAAAAGUUACCCCACAAAGUCUUGACCUCUACAAAGAACGCUACUGGAAAAGACAAAACGUUUUAAACAACCAAAAAUUGACGUGA